AUGGCCUCUUCUACGCCCACCCCCGGCAUGCUCUUUGUCACGAUGGAGCCGCAGGACGGCCUGUCGCUCGACCAGUUCCACGAGUGGUACAACAACGAGCACGGCCCGACGCGGCUGCGACUGCCGGCCAUCUUCACAACGGGCCAGCGCUACCGCGCAACCGACGGCGAAAAGCCGAUGUUCCUGGCCACGUACGACGUCACGGACAUGGCGAUUCUAACGCAGCCCGUGUACACAGAUCUGCGCGCCAACCGCAGCCCCCGCGAGGCUGCGACCAUUGGCCAGGUGGCCGUCAAGCGCUACUUGUUCGACCUGCAGUCGUCGCGCCAGGCCGACGAUUUUGUGCCGCCGGCGGACCAGAGCGACGGCGCGGCCGACGGCACUGUGCUCGUGUACGUGGACGUGACGCUGAACGAGACCGCCGAAAGCGCUGAGACGGCCGAGGCCGAGCUGGUGCGCUGGUACGAGGAGGAGCACUUUGGCAUGCUGACCAAGGUGCCGGGCUGGCUGCGCACGCGGCGGUUCCGCACGUCCAGUCUUGACCUGCCGCCCAACGGCAGCGCCCCGCUGCGCAUCGUCACGCUGCACGAGUACAAGGCGACUAACGGCCUGGGCGGGCCCGCGCACAAGGCGUCCAUGGACACGCCGCGGCGCACCGACGUCUUCUCCAAGUACGUGGCGAACAAGGGCCGCCGCACAUACUCGCUCUUCUACGUGUUUGGGAGCGCGCCGCGCGACCUCGAGCACCUCGCGCCGCUGCCGGCCGCCAAGGCCUUUGUGUCCACGGACGCCAAGACGGCCUCGACGCCUGGCCGGGACGCGGUUCUCCAGUCGUAUGUCACGACGUCCGACGGUCUCGAGAUCCCCUACCGCCUCGAGGGCAGUGCCGCGCCCGGUGCGCCCAUUGUCGCCUUCUCCAACUCCCUGCUGACGUCGCUGCACAUGUGGGACGACUUUGUCGCCAUCCUCAAGACGCACCGCCCCGGGCUGCGCAUCAUGCGCUACGACACGCGCGGCCGCCAUGCCAUCCCCUCGCCGCCCGUGCCUGCGACCGUGUCCAUGCUCGCGGACGAUCUGCGAGCCGUGCUCGAGCACCUGCGCAUCGCCAAGCUGGAGGCGCUGAUUGGCGUGUCCAUGGGCGGCGCGACCACAUUCCAGUUUGCACUCACGUACCCGGAGCUUGUGGGCAGAUUCAUUGCCUGCGACUUCAAUAUCCUCAGCAGCGACGCCAACACGGCCGCCUGGAAGGAGCGCAUUGGCGUUGCCGAGGACACGCCGACCGGCAUGGAGACGCUGGCCGGCAUCACGGUCUCGCGCUGGUUCCAUCCGGAGACCGUCAGCACCAGGCCGGAGGCCACACAGGACAUGGUCAGCAUGGUUGCGGCCAACGACCGCGAGGGCUUCAAGUACAGCUGCCAGGCGCUGUGGAGCUUUGACAUGCGCGCCGCCGCCAAAGAGCUGCGCGUGCCCGGCCUUCUUGUUGUCGGCGACGGCGACGGCAAGGGUGCUCUGGCGAAGGCCAUGGGGGCCUUCCGCGAGAACAUUGGCAAGGGAGACGUGGAGCUCAAGAUUGUGUCCCAGGCAGGCCACUUGCCCAUGUACGAGAACCCGCAGGCAUUCUGGGAGGCUGUGGAGCACUUUUUGUAA